UUUCUUAACCUCACUUUUUAUUUUACUAUUUUUUUGUUGCGCCAAAAAUCAAAUUAUAAAUAAACUUUUGUGUUGUGUAUUUAUUUAUUAACAAAACCCAGUGAAAUUAUGGAUGAUAUAACCGAUAGAGAACAGUACGUGAAAGAUCCGAGGAUGGCCUGCAAGUACGGACCCAAGUGCUACCAAAAAAACCCGGAACACUCGCAAAAGUACAAACAUCCACCCCCCAAAGGCCCCAAUACUAAAAAACGCACCAAUAACGAUACUGAACAACUUGCUAAGAAAUUCAAAGUUGAUCUAGCACCCAUUGAAACAGACCCAAAAGAGGAAUCUAUUGAAACAGACCCAAAAUCUGAUGAUGAGUCAAAUAUUAAUGCUUCACCAAAAGAAGCUAUUGAUUCACAAACUCCUACAGUAAAAGUUCGCACUCCUAAAACAAUCCCUGACCUACACGAGUUCAUCAAAUCCUAUUUCUUAGUAACAAUGCCAGAAGAUUUCUAUGAGUUCUGGAAGUUAUGUGAAAAACUCAAAAAAUCCUGCCCUCAAGAGGCUUUUAAAGAUGUAGGGCUACAUUUGGUGGGGCCUUACGAUGUAUUGGCUGGCAAAUUUUGCGAUGUUGAACUUUCUGAAGAUGAUUUUUUGGUGCAUUGGAGGUUCUUUUACGAUCCUCCAGAGUGCCAAACUGUGUUGAAGGGAGACGACAAAAAGGGGUUCCAUGUGGGCUACUUUAGAGACUCUCCAAAAGAUCUUCCAGUGUGCCUUGUGCACAAUUCAAGUAAAAUUGAUGGGGUUUUUACUGUUUGCGGUGAUAAUAUUUUUGCUGCCGUUUACAUUUAUUUGGAAAAUAUGAAAAAAUUUGGAGAUCCUUUUAAGAAAAUGCAUAUUGGCAAAUUCCAAAACAUCCUGAAACAAUCAAUGGAGGAGCUCAAGUUAGACUGUGGCCAAAAAACUGAAAAAAUCAAGUCAAGGGAAAAGAAAAUUGUUGCUAGGAGUUUUAGUAAACUUGGCAUCGUUGUACCCUAUAACCGCAAAACUCAACUAGGCUACAGACAGUUGUCAAUAAGCAACACCGACCUCCAAAAAAUGCUCAAUGACAUCAGAAAGGCCUUGCCAGAACAAAAACCAAAAUACCUGUCAAAACUGCAAGAUAUUCUGACUAAUACCAGUAUAGCAACAGAUGAGUGUGACUUUGGUACGGGUAUCGAGUUGGGCUUGGACAUUUUGGCGCACGGGAUUGACAGUUUGAAUGUCACCAUUGCAAGGGUUUUAGCAACAAACUAUAGGCUAUUAGAUAGAGAGGGGUUUGCUAAAAUCAUUGAAGCCCAUAUGAAGAAGCGAGAUAAUGGAACCAAUUUAAGUAUCAUCUGAAAUAAAUUAUUUUUUGUCUACUAUUUUUGAAUGAUCUUUUUUUUUUUGUUACCAAUUUUCAACAGAAUUCUUUUAUCUCAAAUUUCUAUCUUAGAGGGCUAGUUUCUCAAUAGCGAGUCACUCCCGGAUUGAGCUUAACUCCAGGAUAAAUAUAGCAACUGGACACGCUUACCCUGGGGUUAAAACCAACCCCGGGCUGCUGGGACCAAGACGAGUAGAAUUCUACUUUCAUGACGUCACCCGCGAUCUAUUUAAACGCGUACAGUACAGGCGAUGAUGAUGGUUGUUAGGCAACCUGACGUCGUCAAAGUAGAAUUCUACUUGUCAUUGGUUCAUUUCAUCAUUAUUUAAAUUGGUUCAUAAUAAUUCUACAGGAUGUUAAUGAAUAAUGGCGAAAAACUUCUAGGAUAAAUAGUACUCAUUAAAAUAGAAAAAAAAAGUUAAUGGAAACAUGAGUUUGCACUUUGCAACGAGGUUGUUGAGAGCUGGGUCGCCUGAUAACUUUAUGACGUCAUCUGGGGUGCCUUAACAUAAUACAAAUCUCGAUAUAGCACCCAAACUCCCCAAUAUUAUUAACACUCUGUAUAAUUAGGUGCCUUUAAAACUGCCAAAAAUUCAUUUAUUUAAAUAAUAUUUUAUUUUAAAUAAUAAACAAUAAUAAAAUGUAUAUACAAUAAAUCAGUGGCGUGCCUAAUAAAAUAUAUACGAACAAAAAUGCACUUUAGUCCUUAAAUAAAUUGAGAAUCAACGCCACCUCACACCAAAAAUAUCACAUUUCCUAGUACAAUCUAAAAUGUAACCACCCUGUACAAUAACUAGUCAAAAAAUAAUAUCAUUGUUGUCAAUGUCAUGGUUGAAAAUGUCAAAUUUUGACAAGCUAUUGUAGAAUAAAGAUUUAUUUUCCUCGGAAUCAUUUUUGUGCUCCCUCAAUCAGUUUUUUUGUGCGUCAUUUCCUGGUAAGUGGGAAAUUUGGCAACUUCGAUCUUGUCUUUGACCUUGAACGUGGGGUACAGACCUAUUUGGUUGGUACGCAAAUUGCGACCUUUACUGAAACCGUCCCAGUGAUUACCUGCG